AUGACAUCCCAGGUGCACACGUCAAGGAGUUCUGGAGAUGAAGGAAAAGAUGCUGGACUCAAAAAAGAAAGACCCUACAAGAUCUUUUUCAAAGAUCUCUUCCUUUUCAAAGAAAAUGAAAUCGCUGCAAGGAAAAAGGAAAGAAUGAAGAACCACAACAUGAAAAUCUACCAAAAGACUACGUUUUCAUCCCGAAUGAAGAGUCGUUCACACCUUGGCCAGCUAGCUUUUUUCGCUGACGCAGGUGGCAGCUCCUAUGAACGUCUGGGGCUAGACCCCACUCUUAUUCUCAGACUGACAGAAGGUGCGGACAGAAAGAGGACCGUCCAUGAGUUUAUUAAUGACCAAAGAGACAGAUUUCUACUUGAGUACGCGGUGUCGACCAAGAAAAACACAAUCAAAAGGUUUGAAAGACUCAUAGCCAUGAAAGAAAAUCAACUCAAAAAAGCGGAGAAAAAGCUCCAAGAUGACGCCUUGUCCUUUGAAGAGUUCCUGCGAGAAAAUGACCAGAGAUCUGUGGAUGCUCUCAAAAUGGCAGCACAAGAAACAAUAAACAAACUCCAAAUGACGUCCGAGCUCAAGAAAGCAAGCAUGGAAGUUCAAGCAAUAAAGAGUGAAAUAGCAAAAACAGAGUACCUCCUCAAGGAGUACAUGAAAUAUGGGUUUUUCCUGCUGAAGUUGUCUCCAAAACCAUGGCAAAUCCAGCAAUCGCAAAAAAGAGCCCAGUCAUCCAAAAGUAACCACAUUCUUCCAAAAAUCUUGGAAAAAUUCUCGAUAAACACCGGUAAAAGAGAUAACAGCAUCGACUCGGACGGGUUGUCGUUUUCAGAAGAUCGCAGUUCAAAGCGAGGAAGCCAGGGGGGAAGACACAGGAAAUCUGUUUCCGGCCAAGACUCUAGGAAGUCAUCUGUGAUCGCUCGGCCCGAAAGCAUGGCCUCAGAGGACAGUUUGGAGUACUUUCUAGAGGACGAGAUCGUGGAGUUUGAUCUGAUGCCAGAGAUUUAUUUCAAGGAGCCAGAGGAGUUACUUCAGGUCCUCACGGAGCUGGAAGAGCAGAACCUCACCUUGGUCCAGUAUUCCCAAGACGUGGAUGAGAAUCUCGAAGAUGUCAACAAAAGAGAAAGAUUCAUACAGGACAAGAUAAACAACAACAUCUCCUUCCUGCUGGAGCACAAGCACAUGCUCAGAGUGAGCUGUGAGCGAGAGGAGGAGAAGGCAGCGGAGUUGGAGCUGAGGUCCAGGCUCUUCAGUUUUGGAGAAUUCAAUUCCGACGCUCAGGAAAAGCUGAUAGACUCACUUAGCAGAAAAAUUAAUCAAGUAUACAGAGUCUGCAUUGGAGAUGCUGAGGUCGGCAGCUUGAAUGCAGUUCAAAAACUGGUCAAAGUAGAGUCCCGCCUGGUGGAGCUGAGUGACCUCAUUGAAUCUAUUCCCAAAGAAAAUGUGGAAGCGAUUGAAAGGAUCAAACAGAAGGAGCGACGGCAAAAGCUGCGUGAAGAGAAGAUGAAGGAGAAGCAGAGACACCAGGAGGAGCGGCUAAAAGCUGCUCUGGAAAGAGCAGUGGCCCAGCCCAAGAAGAAGUUGGGAAGACGACUUAUCUACCGUUCGAAACCUCAAUCUGCUAACAAGCAUGAGCUCCUUUUAGUCGGUGAUACAAGAGCAAAAUCACAGGAGGAAGAGUAUUUUUUUAGUUGA